UAAUACUUAACGUUAGAUUUACACACGCGUCACAGGCGGUGCAUACAUACUCAUGGCCCGUGGCUGCCAGCCUACAUACACAAUGGCAGAUGGGGCUUCUUGGCGACUGUCUCAAGCGUAGCCGCAGAGCCCGCCGGCCAUUUGUCGGCCACCCGCCUCCUCUCGCUAGCUCGCCCCUGAAUCGCAACACCACCACCCAUAUUUAAAGUACCUAACACUCCCCCACCCUUCUCCCGCUCAAUUGCUCAGUAACACCCACUCAGCUCAUUCCACAAAACAUUGCAAAAUAUCCUAAAAUAUCCCCCUCUAAGCAGUACUUAUCACGAUGCUUUCCAACACUUUACGAUUCAGCACCUUGCUAGUCUCGAGCCUGUUGUUUUCCGCCCCAGCUACUCUCGGCCAAGAUCUGAGUGGCUUGCCCCCCUGUGCCGGCCAGUGCUUAACGACCACACUCGCUACGAGCGGAAAAUCAUGUACCCCGACCGACUUCGCCUGUCUUUGCAAGAACCAAGAUUUCGUCACCGCUAGUAAUACCUGCUAUACUUCGACCUGCCCGGCUAAAGAUCUAGAUAAUAUUCAAACCUGGGCUGUCAAGACUUGCGCAGCCGCCGGUGUAAAGCUCGCCGCAAACGGCGUCACCAGUGCCGCGAAUAGCGUGAACAGUGCCGCGAAUAGUGCGACCAAUGCUUUAACGGGUGCCGGUGGGAACCAUACCAACUCAACAGGCUCAGCCUCUGCAACUCCCAACAGCACUCCUGUCAACAGCAACCCUCCACCCACUCGUCCCAACUCAGCUGUUGCUCUCUCUGCCGAGGCUGUCAAGCUUUUCGCCGUCGGCUCCGCCCUCCUAUCGUCGCUCCUGAUGGCCUGAUCGCCCUGCAAUACGAAAGCGGUGCAAGGGCAGUUGCUUGGUCAUCACGAUUCCCUAGUGAAGUGAAGUUACCAUGGAACAAUGAAGCAUUAUUCCCCAUUCAAAUCCGUCCCGUCCUAUCAUCUGCUUUCAAUCAGUUAGCUGCGUUCUCGUUCGCGCAGAAGUAGCAAUCUGAUGGAUCCAAUUCUCUUUCCCCCUCUCUGGCGAAGACUCCUUCCUUCUAAUUCUAUGUUUAGUUAUUUAACAAGUACCAAUAGUAUGCCAUGGAUUGUAGGAAAUAAGACGUAUGAUAUGAAACCGGAAUGGAAAAGAACCUAUUUUCUUGUUCAGAUCAC